AAUAUUAUUAAAAAUGAAGAAACAAUAGUACAAGAUUCGCCAAAAGAGUUACAUAACUCGUAAGGCUAUGCGACCAACUAAUUCUAAACUGACUUACAAAACAUGCUAUCUAUAGAAAUCUCUAAUAAGCAAAAAAUACGAAAUCCUAAUUUCAAUGGGUUAGACCCAAAUUCUAAACUAACUAGAAAAUACAAACAAUUAAUUAAAAAAAAAAAGAAAAAGAAAAGUACAAACACACUAAACUUCUAUUUUUGUUCAACUUCUUAAAUGUAAUCUAUAUCCAGGCGUAAGCGAAGAGAACCACGGCCCGGUGCCGAAGAAGAAUUGAUUCAGCCACUACCAUACCACCUGUAAGUUAUCUGUUUGCAGAACAUCCGAUUUUCUGAAAACUUGGAUUUCAACUUGGAAUUUCUGUCUAAUUCUACACUUUCCGUUGCCACAAGCAUGUUGAUUUCGCUGGGGGUUUUCUGAAAUUAGUUGAUUGCCGUAGUGCCUGGAAAUUGUUUGAUCAUAUGCCUCUGUGAGAAUUUGAUUAGGUUUUUGGAAAGGGCAUCAUAUUUUUCUCUAUUGGAUCCGACCACCGCCUUGAGGAGUCACUACGAUGGCGCGCAAGCGUAAGCUCCAGGCACCUACAAGUUGUGAAUCUGAAGGAACUUGUUCUGAAAGUGGAAUGGACCGAUUUAGUGAUCUUCCGGAGGAAGUUGUUCAUCGGAUUCUUUCCUUCCUCAAUUUCAAAGACCUCACUCGAGUGGGUGCUGUAUCCAAAAGAUGCAGACAAGUUCGUCUCUCAGUUCCGGUGGUGAAUUUUGGUACAGAUGAGCGGACAGGCAUAAAAAAAAUGGAUUUAGGGAGGAUGAUGACUUCUUUUGAUCGGUACUUGCUCGAUCGUGGUCCUAACAGGUUGCAGCGAGUCUGCAUCUGCUUGAGUGUCUGUAAAAGUGAAACAACGAAGAAAGUUUCUGAUGACCAUUCUCGAGUGCUCAAGUGGAUUCGUAAUGCAGUAAGGUGUAAUGUUGAAGAGCUUGAUCUCUAUUUCUCACACCGUGUUACUAGUACGUUCUCGUUGCCAUCUUUCAUCUUCCAUUCUCAAUCUUUGCGCUCCUUAUCGGUGUCCUCAGGUGUAAGCAUUUUGGAGGUUGUUGAAGCGCCGUCUCUAUCCUUUUCUAGUAAUCUCCAUUACUUAUCAUUGAGUUCUGUUAAAAUAGUGGACGACAUGGUUUUCAAAUGGAUCUCAUGCUGCUGCAAGUGCCUUAAGGAAUUACGUCUUGUUUCUAUCAAUGGUAUACCAAAUAUCUCCAUUGAAAGUUCGUCGUUGGUUAACUUUUAUGUUUUCGAUUGUGGUGACGUACAUCUUAUUAUAUCGGGUCAGAAACUUGAAUAUAUAGAUAUGGAGUGGGGUGGUUACGAUGCAUUUACGAGCAGAAAAAGCACAAUUAGCAACACAUCAUUGAAGAUUUUUGCUCCAAAUCUUAAAACUUUGAAAUGGAAAGGCGAAUUGAGGAAUAGCCAAAGUCUGGGAAAUUUAAAGAGUUUGGAAGAAGUUGAGAUUUUCUUAGCGCCUCUGAAAAAUGAGUUCGACAAAGUAUUGGAGGUUCUUUGCAGUAUAUGUUCGGCAAAAGUUAUUACCAUAAACGAGGAGACCAUUAAGGCUCUGUACAAGGAAGGUUCCACGACAACACUAAUAUUGGAUAAUAUUUUAAACUUGAGCAUACAUUGUGAGAACUUGAAUAACAGGCUUGUUCCUGCAAUGGUCUCUCUUCUUAGGAGAAUGCCUAAUCUCAAUAUUUUGUGCAUAAAGACUAGCUGUGAGAAUUUGACUCCUGAAAAAGCAAGUCUCUCCAGUAAGGAAUGCUGGAAACUGCAAAACCUUGUUUUCAUUCAUCAGCUUAAGGAGGCAAGUCACUUUGGUAAUGAAUACUGGAAACUGCAAAACCUUGCUUUCAUUCAUCAGCUUAAGGAGGUAAGCAUAGUGAAUUCCUAUGGAUCUAAUGAAAUCGAGUUUGCAAGAUAUAUUCUCGAGCGUGCUCAAAAUUUGAAGAAAAUGGUCAUUGUUCAUCGUGACGAUGAUGCUCCAUCAAAAGUUGCUGGGAUGGUGAGUAGGAGCAAGAUGAUUUCCAGUGCUUCCAUUCUCAUCCAGCAGGAUCCACACAGGAUUUACAGAAUUUGUGGUCCGGGAUCUUAUAUUUUGUAUUCGGGACCUGAUAUAUUGAAAUCUGGGAUAGUGACUAUGAGCUCUUAGACACUUAGCAAAUAAGAGAGAUUUUCGGGUUCUAGAAGGUAGAAGGUUUGAUUUUUUUUUUUUUUAAGGGUAAAUAAAAAAACAUUUCGUACGUCUUUUAACAGUUUGCACGAGUAGAAAUCAAACUCAAGGUGCAACUGAGAACCAGCUUUUGGAAUUAAACCAAGAUUAGAUUACAACUCUCAUGUUGCAUUACAUUAAUUGACAGGAUAUUUUUCUCUUGCUUCACACAAACCUAAUUUGUCUAGCAAGGCACAAAAAAUAAUAAUAUUGAAAUAAGGGUUACAUUUUUGUUCCUA